GGAAGGCGCGCCUGCUCGCUCCUCUUCCAGCCGCCGCUGGGCGGGGAGCGGACAGGCAGGAAGCGUGGGAGUCGCUGGUGGUGAGUGGGGGAGAGGCUCCUACGGAGAGAUCCCUGCGCGGGCGCGGCGGCGCAGUGUAGCACCUUGCGGAGCAGCCGCAGGGGAAAGUUGCUGUUGGUCUGAGUUGCUGUUACCUUUUUUGUUCUUCCUCCCCCUCGGCGGCUGGCUCGCUCCCUCUCCGCUCUCUCUGUUCCCUGGGAGCGAUCGGGGGCGCUUUCCUUUCCUUCUUUUUGUAUUAUGGCACUGAAUUUUUAGGGAUUUGAACACAGGGAAAUGGAUAUGUCGGACUCAAAUUUUUGGACGGUCCUUUCCAACUUCACCCUGCCCCACUUGAGGAGCGGCACCCGCCUCCGCCGGACGCAGAGUUGCAGAACAAGCAACAGGAAGAGUUUGAUGGGCAAUGGCCAGUCUCCAGCUCUGCCUCUGUCUCAUUCACCUCUCUCAGCUCAUGCAGGAAACAGUCCUCAAGAUAGCCCUAGGAAUUUCUCUCCCAGUGCCUCAACCCACUUUUCUUUUGCACGAAGGGCUGAUGGUUGCCGCUGGUCUUUGGCUUCUCUCCCUUCUUCUGGCUAUGGUACAAAUACCCCCAGCUCAACUGUUUCUUCAUCCUUCUCAUCCCAAGAGAAGCUACACCAGUUACCAUACCAGCCGACACCUGAUGAACUACAUUUUUUAUCUAAGCAUUUCUGUACUACCGAGAGCAUUGCCAGUGAUAACAGAUGCAGGCCCACUACAACGCGCCCUCGGUCCCAAAGUCUCAGCCCUGGACGUUCUCCUGCCUGCUGUGACAAUGAAAUAAUUAUGAUGAACCAUGUCUACAAAGAAAGGUUUCCAAAGGCCACAGCUCAAAUGGAAGAGAGGCUUCGAGACAUUAUAACAAAUCAUUCUCCAGAUAACAUCCUUCCCCUGGCAGAUGGAGUGCUCAGUUUUACCCACCAUCAGAUCACAGAACUGGCUCGAGAUUGUUUGGAUAAAUCCCACCAGGGCCUCAUCACGUCACGAUACUUCCUUGAAUUACAGCAGAAAUUAGACAAAUUGCUACAGGAGGCUCAAGAGCGAUCAGAGAGCGGAGAACUGGCAUUUAUUAAGCAACUAGUCCGAAAAAUCCUAAUAGUUAUUGCUCGUCCUGCUCGCUUACUGGAAUGCCUGGAAUUUGAUCCUGAAGAGUUUUACUAUCUUUUGGAAGCAGCUGAAGGCCAUGCUAAAGAGGGGCAAGGCAUUAAAACAGACAUCCCUCGAUAUAUUAUUAGCCAGCUGGGCUUAAAUAAAAAUCCUCUGGAAGAAAUAGCUCAGCUAGCUAACUGUGACAGUGGGACAGCAGAAACUCUGGAAAUGGAUGAAUCAAUAAGUAGCUCCAAUACCUCACUGAAGCUGCGGAGGAAACCUCAGGAAAGUGAUUUUGAAACAAUUAAACUGAUUAGUAAUGGAGCUUAUGGUGCGGUUUAUUUUGUGAGACAUAAAGAAACCAGACAAAGAUUUGCCAUGAAGAAAAUUAAUAAGCAGAAUCUCAUCCUCCGAAACCAGAUUCAACAGGCCUUUGUCGAGCGUGAUAUCCUGACGUUUGCAGAAAAUCCAUUUGUUGUCAGCAUGUAUUGCUCCUUUGAAACAAGACAUCAUUUAUGCAUGGUCAUGGAAUAUGUAGAAGGUGGAGACUGUGCUACUUUGAUGAAGAAUAUGGGUCCCUUACCUGUAGACAUGGCAAGGAUGUACUUUGCAGAAACUGUUCUGGCCUUGGAAUACCUUCAUAAUUAUGGAAUUGUACACAGAGAUUUGAAACCAGACAAUUUAUUGGUAACAUCCAUGGGCCAUAUAAAGCUUACAGACUUUGGCCUGUCAAAGGUGGGGCUAAUGAGUUUGACUACCAAUUUGUAUGAGGGUCACAUUGAGAAGGAUGCCAGAGAAUUCCUUGACAAACAAGUCUGUGGUACACCUGAAUACAUAGCUCCUGAAGUGAUACUGAGACAGGGUUAUGGAAAACCAGUGGACUGGUGGGCUAUGGGAAUUAUACUUUAUGAAUUUCUUGUUGGGUGUGUGCCAUUCUUUGGAGAUACACCAGAAGAGCUGUUUGGACAAGUAAUCAGCGAUGAAAUCAACUGGCCUGAAAAGGAUGAAGCACCACCUCCAGAUGCCCAGGAUCUGAUUACCCUGCUGCUCAGGCAGAAUCCUUUGGAAAGACUGGGAACAGGUGGUGUAUAUGAAGUAAAGCAGCAUCAGUUCUUCAGGAGCCUCAACUGGAAUAGUCUGCUGAGGCAGAAAGCAGAAUUUAUUCCACAAUUGGAGUCUGAAGAUGACACAAGUUAUUUUGACACACGUUCUGAGAAAUACCACCAUAUGGAAACUGAGGAAGAAGAUGAUACAAAUGAUGAAGAUUUUAAUUUGGAGAUAAGACAGUUUUCCUCAUGUUCACACAGAUUUUCAAAAGUUUUUAGUAGCAUAGAUCGAGUCACUCAAACACAAGGUGAAGAAAAGGAAGACGCAGGAGACAAACCAAAAAGUGUAACAUUGCCUUCUGUGGAAUCUUUAAGCUGGAGUUCAGAAUGUUCUGAAACACAACAAAUAUCUACAUCCAUCUCCUCUGACACUGAGAGUAGCAGGCAGCAACACAGUUCUGGUUUGCUUCCGAAGUUGGCCAUAUCAGCCGAAGGAGAACAGGAUGAUUCCACCUGCUUAGCGGAACCUCAGGAGGAACAGGAAAAGCCUGCAUUUGUGAAUGAGGAAAUAUUGCAAGAGGAACCUGAAGUAACCACUCCAGCAAGUACGAUCAGCAGCUUCACGUUAUCAGAUGUGUUUGAUUUCUCUCCUUUGGGAAGUCCUAUGUCUCCUCAUUCCAUAUCAUCUGAUCUUUCAUCCUCACAAGAUUCAUCCCCCAGCCAUGAUUCUUCAAUUCCUGCUGCAAGUCUUCAUCAGCCGACAGUAAUUCACAGUUCAGGAAAAAAGUAUGGCUUCACCAUCCGAGCAAUCAGGGUUCACGUGGGUGACAGUGAUAUCUACACUGUGCACCAUAUUGUUUGGAAUGUGGAAGAAGGAGGCACAGCAUACCAAGCGGGUUUAAAAGCUGGAGACCUGAUUACUCAUAUCAACGGAGAGCCAGUGCAUGGUCUUGUUCAUUCAGAAGUCAUUGAGUUGUUGUUAAAGAGUGGUAACAAAGUGUCAAUAACAGCAACCCCUUUUGAAAACACUUCCAUCAAGACAGGACCUGCCAGGAAAAACAGCUACAGGAGCCAAAUGGUCAGGCACAGUAAGAAAACCAAGAAGAAAGAUUGUUUAGAGAGGAGGAGAUCUCUCUUUAAAAAGCUGGCCAAGCAAUCCUCUCCUCUUCUUCACACCAGCAGAAGUUUCUCCUGCCUGAACCGAUCACUUUCAUCAGGGGAGAGCUUGCCUGGGUCUCCAACCCACGGCUUGUCUCCCAGAUCACCUACCCCAAGCUACCAGUCCACUCCUGAUUUUCCAUCUGGUACUAAUUCUUCCCAGAGUAGCUCCCCUAGUUCAAGUGCUCCCAAUUCUCUGGGUGGUUCAGGACACAUAAGACCCAGCACUCUUCAUGGCUUGGGUCCAAAGCUUGGUGGGCAAAGAUACAGAUCCAGAAGACGCAAAUCAGCUGGCAGCAUUCCUCUCUCUCCUCUGGCACGGACACCUUCUCCAACACCCCUGCCGACAUCCCCUCAGCGAUCUCCAUCACCAUUGCUAGGACAUUUGAUUGGAAAUACAAAAAUAGCUCAGUCUUUUCCUAGCAAAAUGCACUCCCCUCCAACUAUUGUAAGGCAUAUUGUUAGGCCAAAGAGUGCAGAGCCACCAAGAUCUCCACUGUUAAAGAGAGUCCAAUCUGAAGAGAAACUUGCACCCUCUUAUGGCAGUGAUAAGAAACACUUAUGUUCACUAAAACACAGUCUGGAAGUGACCCAGGAAGAAGUGAAUAGAGAAUUGUCCCAAAGGGAAGUAACUCUUCAGAGCUUGGAGGAGAAUGUAUGUGAUGUGCCAUCACUCACACGAGUCAGGCCCGCAGAGCAGGGCUGCUUGAAACGGCCCAUCUCCCGAAAAUUAGGUAGGCAAGAAUCCAUCGAUGAGCUAGACAGAGAGAAGCCGAAGGUCAAGAUAGUUAUGAAAAAGCAAGAUUUUGCUGAAAAAGCAAAUGCUGCUAUACAUGAACCUAGAAGUGAACCAGAAAAUCCCAAUACCUUAAAACUGGAAGAAAGAGACAAAAAAGCAUUCCAGAAGGUAUUAGAAAGAUCAAAUCAGUUUGAAACAAAAAUUGUUGCUUUGGAGACCCAGUCAGCUGGUGGCAUACUCAAAGACACCCUUCAAAAGAAUGCGAGCUUGAGAUCAAAUGAUUGUAUUGCUUUAGAUGCACAGAUGUGUCAUGGGCCUCCGCUUAAUGACCUCAGUCAUAUUUCUUAUGACUUCAAAAGAAUUUCCCCUCCAUGUACACUGCAAGAUGUGCUACCUCAGUCCUCUGACAGGAUGCUAAAUGGAAAGGGAGAAAACACAGAUGAAAAUGUACCAACGAAAGAAUUUGUCAAAUUUGAAAGAUUAGAUGGUAAACUUGCAAAUAUUGAUUAUCUUAGAAAGAAAAUGCCUUUUGAAGAAAAAGAUGACAGCAUCUGUCCAGUGCUAAAACCCAAACUGACAUCAAAUGUUCAUGAAUGCCUUCAACUUAAUACAGGCAGACCCAUAAACAUACAGCAGGACUCCACUGCAGUUGCUGAUGGUAGAGUGUUUCUCAGCAGUGCACAUGCUGCUCAGAUUAACUCAGUUUCUUUUGUUCCUCUCAAGACCUUGAAUGGCCGAGCGGAAAUAGGUGUGGAAAAUUCAGCCCUUAUUUCCACUGAGUCUCCUGUCAGAAAAAGUCCGUCAGAAUAUAAACUUGAUGGGAGGUCUGUUUCUUGUUUGAAGCCAAUAGAAGGCACACUAGACAUUGCCUUACUUUCUGGGCUGCAGGCUUCAAAGACUGAACUGCCUUUGUGCAUGCUGCCAGAAGGACAGAGCACCAGUGGUGAUGGGGGAUCUCCUAAACCCCCAACACCACAAGGGAGUGGUGGAAAGGCAGAGCUGGCCUGUCAGAAAGAGCAGUUGUUAAGCUAUUCAAAAUCUAGCAAAGUCAGCGUAUCAGAGCCUCAGGUUCUGCAAACAAGCAAGAAUUCUCCAAAUCCACCAGUCAUCCCUGUGGCUGCAGAAGCAGUGACAGAGAAAAAGGUUUCUAGUCCAGCUGCUAAAGGCAAUAGUUCUAUUAUUGAAGCUGUUCAAAAGAAAGACACCUCCCCUUCAAAACAGAAGGACAAUUCAUUGGAAGCAAAGUCUUAUGUUAUUCAGAGUGUUAAAACUACCCAAACAUACUCCAAACUUUCUACUGUCCAAAGCACUUCUGAAAAAGCUGUAGGAAAAGAGAAGCAAAUACAAAAGGAGUUGCCUGCCAAACAGCCAGUAGCCCAGAGAAAUUGUGAGCCUACCCCUGCAAAGGUGGAGGUGAUCAGGGAGUCAUCUCUGAAGGUAUCUGUCUCAGAUGUCCUGAAAACAAGCUACUCCAAAAGCAGUGAAAAAAAUUCUGCUGAUUUUGCCAUUCCACCUCAGAUGCAAGGAAAAAUGCAGGCAGCUGGCCCCAAGGCACAACCUAUGGAUGGCAGAGAUUCACUGAAACAGCUAGGCAAAGGUGACACCAGCAUUGCUAGUCGUUUUGUGGAAAGGGACAUAACCAAGCAGAAAGUUCUCAGUGAGUCUAAGAAAGUUAUUGCAGAGCCAAAGAGUGAAGCUCUUCCAUCCAAACAGCUCAUGCAAUCCUCAAUAGAUUGUGAUCCUGAAAAUGAGAAGUCUGCACCAGUUUCCUCUGUGCAGAAGGACAACACCAAAGAUUUAGGAAAGAAAGGUCAGAAACAGCUCCCUGACAUAAGGCUUCAAGCUACCGAGAGAGAGCAGUCCAGCCAAGUUCCUCGGCAGCAACUUAAUGCUUCAGGGUCCCCUGCUGUGAGAGAGACUGUAAGCAGAAACUGUGCUGUAGAUGUUCACAUAGGUAUUCAAGAACACAUGAAGCCUGCUGCCACCUAUGUGGAAAGCAGCAGUAAUAAACUCAGGCCUGUCUCUGAUACAAGUUCCUUUAAGUCUAAGCACUUGGAUAAACAGACAUUUUCACAAAAAACAUGCACUCCAACUGUAAAAGAAAAAGAAACUAUUAUUCAGGUGUCUGCCAGCUCCCAAACAGAUGGGAAACAUGCCAGUAAAAAUGUGCCAGAUCCCCUUUCUUUUGUUUCAUGCUCUUUGAGAAAAAUGAACAAUGAACAUGCGCAGGCUGAAAGGCCUGUGAGUUUGGAGCAUGGCUCAGUAGCCACCCUCCAAAUGAGCAGCAUCACUCCUGACACCAAAUCUAAAUCCUCUGCUGUUGGCCUGGUGCCAGCAGGCCCAGAGAGUUCUAAGCAAAUGCAAAGGCAAGAACCAGCAGGCUUUGGGGAAUCUGCUGAUCAAAAGCAACUUCACCUCAGUGAAAAACAAACCAUGUCUCCAAAGUUUUCCACUGUGAAAGACUGUCUCUUGCUGAGCAAACAGGCAGAUAGAAGACCUAGUAACCAGAUGAUCUCUGCAGACAAAAGACCCGAAGGAAAAAUAUGCACUGACGCACUUUAUGUUCAACGUGACAGUGGGAAAGUAGAGCCUACCCUUUGCCUCGCAAACUGUGUUGUCAGAGGGAAAGGAGCAGAAAAAGUGACCGCAAGUAGGAAAAGCUCUCAAGAUUCAAAAGGGAAAGAACAAGUUAAUCAAAAACAGCCAGAAGAUACAAACAACAAGAUUGCAAUAAAACAUUUGUUGGAUGCCAGCGGGCAGAGUUCUUGUUGUGUGGCUGCAAGACCAGGAAAGUUGCUAAUUUGUUCAGCCAAUUUCUCUGAAUGUAGACAAGAAGUAUCUGUUUUGUUUUCAGGGAAGAGUGAUGCAUCUUCAGCAAAGGUUAAAGCAGGCUCACCUGAGCUUCCUGCAACCAGCUGCAAGGAACUAAAGAAAAGCACCUCUUCCAUAGGGAGUGCUAAGGAAGAAAUGAAUAAAAGUAUUUCACUGAUAACCUUGCACAGUGCUGCUGUUGUAGUAGAAGCCUGCCACCCUGCUUCAAACCUUGGGGGGAAACCUGGAAAUCAAGAAAAGUCUUUUUUUGUUAACACUGUGGAUGUAAAGGGAAAAGAUGCCCUUCAGGCUCAGCAGUCUGCUUCAAGAAAACAGAAUGCAGGUAAAGAUUUAUCCAGGUCAGCAACCACACCUGACCGCCCUAAUGCACUUUCUAACAACAAAGACUCAGCUCUGCAGUGGUGAGGAAAGGAAGCUUUGCGGAGCAGUCCUCUCAAAAAAUCCUGUUGACUGUAAGACCUGGCAGGUGUGACUUCAAGACUAGCUGAAACAAUAUAUUUUGACUGUCUUUAAACCAGCACUGUGUGGUGUCUUUGUGUGGCAAAGCUUUUAUGUCACUGAAGAAAGGGGACGGGGGGUAUAUAGAGAGAGGACUCUUUUUUUCAAAAUGCCUUCCCAAUUGUAACCAGUAAAACUGUUACCAUAUCAUAUUUGUACAAAAAUACCUUUACAGCUGAGAGCUGUUGAAGAAAAGAUUUCCUCUGUAAAUACCUAGUGAUGUGUUUGGGGUUUGAAUGUAGCAUAUAUACUUUGCUGCUGAUUGCAUUGUUUACUCCCCUUUUUUAAGAUAGUUGCUUUGCCACUUAUUUGCCAUACUUGAAUAUGAAAAUGAAUUACUAAAAUUCAGACCUGGCAUGGACAUGCACAAGCAUUGGUCUUACUGAAAGACAAAAAUAGGCCACAUUUUUACUUAUUAAAAAUCCUAGCUAGAGGUUAAAAAAAAAAUACUAGGAAAGAAUAAAUAUGGUGACUUAUUGUGAGUUUUUACAUUUUUAAUAAUCAGAUUUUGAUAGUGCUGUACCUGGCUGACUGCUUCACCAGAUGUAACACAAGAUCUAACUGCAUCUCCCUACUGUACAAAGCCUGUCUUUUAGAGUAGGGGUAAUUAAAGCUAAGGGAGGACCACUUGGUUAUCCCAGCAUCCCAGGAAGAGUCGUGUUCUUUGGUGAAAUGGUGGUUCUCAUCUUGUCUUAUUGGGAGUAUGUUCUAUGACCUUCCCCUCAGACAAGGCUGAGACUCUGAAGCGCACCUUGUGUGCUUAGU